AUGUGGAGGAGGCUGGCUCAGCUCUGUGCCUUGAUCCUGCCUGUGUUUUCACUGGCUCUAGCACCAGCCCAGGUCUCGGCGUGCAGGGAGCUCCAGGCACUGCCUUCCCACAGAAGAAGCAGCAGAGAUGUUAAUUCUCCAGCUCCUGUUGACUGUCAGCUGAGCCAGUGGUCAGGAUGGACUGAUUGCUUCCCUUGCCAAGAGAAAAAACACCGGCACCGGCGGCUGCUGCAGCCGGCGCAGUUCGGAGGGCGUCGCUGCGCCGGGCACCUCUGGGAUGAGCAAGCCUGUCGAGCUGAGACAACGUGCACUGGGCCACCAGGGUGUGGGCAGGACUUCCAGUGCGAGGGAACAGGGCGCUGCAUCAAACGGCAUCUCGUGUGCAACGGAGACAGAGACUGCAGGGAUGGGUCUGAUGAGGAUAACUGUGAGGAUGAAGAUACUGAAAGCCCUUGUGAACAUCUGUUCCCAAUCCCAGGGGUGGAAAAAGCAGUCCAAGGGUACAACAUCCUGACAGGGGAAGGGAGGCAGAACAUUUACGACCCUGGGUUUUUCGGGGGGCUCUGUGAGUACGUGUACAACGGGGAGUGGAGGGAGCUGCAGUACGACGCCGCCUGCGAGCGCCUGCACCACGGCGACGACGACAAGUAUUUCCGCAAGCCCUACAACUUCCACCUCUACCAGUUCCUGGCUCACGCUGAUUCUGGGUUUGCUUUUGAGUUUUAUGACGAUUCAAAGGACCUGCUUGACGCCCUUAAAAGUGAUAGAUCCAAAUCAACAGGCUUCACCUUUGGAAUUGGGCCUGGAGAUGGAGAGCUCAUGUUCAACCUGGGCUUCACUUUAUCAGGUGGCAAAGGAUCCCUGAAGAACUUCACACAAUAUGAUGCAAAGGAUGUUGGAUUCAUUAGGGCUGUGACCAAGGUGCAGACAGCCCGCUUCAAGAUGAGAAGGGACAACAUUGUUUUGGAUGAAGAUGUGCUGCUGUCCCUGCAGGACCUCCCAGACACCUACAACUAUGGCAUGUAUGCCAAAUUCAUCAACGACUAUGGCACCCACUUCAUGACCUCUGGCACCAUGGGGGGUGUCUUUGAGUACAUCCUCGUCAUCAAUAAGGAGGAAAUGCGAAGAAAAGGCAUCAGCAGUGAGGAGAUAAGUGCCUGUGUUGGCCUGUCCAUUGGCAUUACAUACAGCAAGGACACGCUGGAUCUGGGUGGAACCCUGACACACUCUGACUGCAAAAAAAAAGGAUUCCUGGAAACUGAUGCUGAGAGCCACAGUGCAGUUGUGGAAGAUAUUAUUCCUCGGAUUAGAGGGGGAGAUACCACUUACAGUGGAGGGCUCCUGAACAGUUGGGAUGGCAAAAUGUAUCGUCACUGGGGCAGGUCAUUAAAAUAUAAUCCUGCAGUUAUUGAUUUCCAGCUGCAGCCCGUCCACGAAAUCCUCCGCAGGAGCGGCCUGGGCAGCGCGGAGGGCAAGAGGCAGCACCUGAGGAGGGCUCUGGGCGAGUUCCUGCAGGAGUUCAGCCCCUGCCGCUGCGGACAGUGCCACAACAACGGGGAGCCCGUGCUGCUGGGUGACACCUGCUCCUGCCACUGCCGCCCCGGCCACAGGGGCCCUGCCUGCCAGCAGGGGCAGCGCCCAGGUGGGGAGGUGGACGGGCGCUGGAGCUGCUGGUCGGGCUGGUCCCCGUGCCAGGCGCGGACGUCGCGGCGCAGCCGGCACUGCUCCAACCCUGCCCCGCGCCACGGUGGGCAGCCCUGUGCUGGGAGAGACCUCCAGAGCAGAGCCUGCUGAACGCCCCAGCUGCCUGGGAUGGGCUGGUGGCAGCCUGGCCUGGGCCGGGGCUGCUCCAGGAGCGCCGUGGAAUCACCCGCCGGGAGAAAUGAUCGACCGGCGAUGCGCUUCUGCACGUGCUGCACUCACUGCGUGAAACCUGAACUACUGCUCCCAAACCCAGCCAGAUCCCGGGGAUUCCUUUGGGGCAAAC